GAACUUUGAGUCUUAAGCCUCUUCAAACAUCACUUCCGUAGCCUGCCACCAACGACCGGCAGCUUGCUCGCAUCCACCCGCUUAGUCUGGUUGAGCUUCAAAAGGAUGUGGUUGAGGCCUUUGACAUCAGAUGUCUGCUAGGUUGGCAAACCUCACUGUCGAUAGAAAGAUAACACUGGGGACUGGCAGCCUCGGAGCAGCCUCCUGACGAUCAACAGCCCAGGGUGGCGUCCAUCGCUGGCCCUGGAACGCGCUCUUUCCUCGGGUGGUACUCAGGGCAAGUGCCUGAGACCAGCCACUUCUCCAGAGUUAGAUCAUGAACAACUACGUCCUGCUGGAAGAGCAGCUGAUCAAGAGAUCCCAGCAGAAGCGACGAACGUCCCCCUCCAACUUCAAGAUCCGCUUCUUUGUGUUAACCAAAGCCAGCCUGGCUUACUUCGAGGACCGUCCUGGGAAGAAGCGCGUGCUGAAGGGCUCCAUCGAACUGUCCCGGAUCAAGUGCGUGGAGAUCGUGAGGGGUGACGUGAGCAUCCCGUGCCACUACAAAUACCCGUUCCAGGUUGUGCAUGACAACUACCUGCUGUAUGUGUUCGCUCCAGACCGCGAGAGCCGGCAGCGCUGGGUGCUGGCUCUCAAAGAAGAAACAAGGAACAAUAACACUCUGGUAUCCAAGUAUCACCCCAACUUCUGGAUAGAUGGGAGGUGGAGGUGCUGUUCUCAGAUGGAAAAGCUGGCUGCUGGCUGUGCCCAGUAUGACCCAACAAAGAAUGCUUCAAAGAAGCCUCUUCCUCCCACUCCAGAAGACAACAGGAGGUCACUUCAGGAACCUAAAGAAACCCUGCUCAUUGCCUUGUACGACUACCAAACCAACGACCCUCAGGAGCUCGCGCUGCAGUGCGAUGAAGAGUACUUCCUGCUGGACAGCUCCGAGAUCCACUGGUGGCGAGUUCAAGACCAGAAUGGGCACGAAGGGUAUGUACCAAGCAGUUAUUUGGUGGAAAAAUCUCCCAACAACCUGAACAUCUAUGCAUGGUACAACAAGAGCAUCAGUCGAGACAAAGCUGAAAAACUUCUUUUGGACACAGGCAAAGAAGGAGCCUUCAUGGUCCGAGACUCCAGGACCCCGGGAACGUACACGGUCUCUGUGUUCACCAAGGCCAUUGUCAGCGACAGCCACCCCUGUAUAAAGCAUUAUCACAUCAAAGAAACAAACGACAACCCCAAGCGGUACUACGUGGCCGAGAAGUACGUGUUCGACUCCAUCCCCCUCCUCAUCAAAUACCACCAGCACAAUGGAGGAGGCUUGGUCACCCGACUCCGGUAUCCGGUUUGUUCCUGGAGGCAGAAAGCUCCGGUCACGGCAGGGCUGAGAUAUGGGAAGUGGGAGAUCCACCCUUCGGAGCUCACGUUUGUGCAGGAGAUUGGCAGCGGGCAGUUUGGCCUGGUGCAUCUGGGCUACUGGCUCCACACACACAAGGUGGCCAUCAAGACCAUCCAGCAGGGGGCGAUGUCGGAAGAGGCCUUCCUGGAGGAGGCGGAGGUCAUGAUGAAACUCUCUCACCCCAAGCUGGUGCAGCUGUACGGCGUGUGUCUGGAGCAGGCCCCCAUGUGCCUGGUGUUUGAGUUCAUGGAGCACGGCUGCCUGUCGGAUUACCUGCGCAGCCAGCGGGGGCUCUGGGGGGCCGAGACCCUGCUGGGCAUGUGCCAGGACGUGUGCGAGGGCAUGAGCUACCUGGAGACGGCCUGCGUCAUCCACAGAGACCUGGCUGCUCGCAAUUGUUUGGUGGGUGAGAACCAGGUCAUCAAGGUGUCUGACUUUGGGAUGACGAGGUUUGUUCUCGAUGACCAGUACAUCAGUUCCACGGGCACCAAGUUCCCCGUGAAGUGGGCGUCCCCAGAGGUGUUCUCCUUCAGCCGCUACAGCAGCAAGUCGGACGUGUGGUCCUUCGGUGUGCUCAUGUGGGAAGUCUUCAGUGAAGGCAAAAUCCCAUACGAAAACCGAAGCAACUCGGAGGUGGUGGAGGACAUCAGCACCGGCUUCCGGCUGUACAAGCCCCGCCUGGCCUCGCCGCCCGUCUACCAGCUCAUGAAUCUCUGCUGGAAAGAGAGACCAGAAGAGCGGCCCCCCUUCUCUAAACUGUUGGGUCAGCUGGCAGAAAUCGCGGAAUCAGGGCUUUAGCAGAAAGUCCCCUGCCAGCCCCCGGGGUCUGGACUGUGAUGGAAGGAGAACAGCCUCCUUCCAACAAGCAUUAAAAGUGGCCACCAGCCCCGGACUCCCCAGAGGUGGCUGGCUUGGUGGCCCUGGUCCCUGAGCUGCCACCAAUGCGGUAUCCUGACAGCCAGAGGCUGGAGGCCUGGCCACGGGCCUGGGCAGAAACCUCCAUCUGCAGACUUGCUCUUCUUCGCAGUAGGAGAGGCUGACGGAGCCCCUCAGGUUCUCAUGAUUAGUAUUUUAAGCGUGGAUGGAGCCCAAGCGUAAUGGUUCAAGACACUUU